CCGGAUAUGACGCAAUAUAUUUUGAAGCGGUGCUUGUCGACAGAUGAGAAGCCACCAGAGUUUAGCCAUCGUUGCCUGCAAACAUUUAGUACGUUGGUUUUCCACCGUUGCUGUUAUGGUUUAACCAAACAUACAAUAUUCCCUAUCCCCACCAGAGGAGUUAGACUGUAUUUUCACCGACUGAGCAGCUAGCGAGCCACUGACUGCGGGAACAAUGACCAGCCGUCUGGCCUUCCAGACUCAGCUGGCCUCCAUCAUGGAAGUCCUGGCUAACGCUGCCGUGGCGGAGAUCUGUAAGCUGGUAGACGAUGAUUAUGCCGUGGUGAGUUUGCAGAUGUCCCAGUGUCAGAGAGAGAACAAAGCCCUGAAGAGGAAAGUGCACCUACUUGAACUGAAGAUGGCGAGAGGGAACGCCGAGCGGAGGCUCCGAGAGAGCGUCACGAACUGUAACCGACCGAGGGUGCAGAUAAACACCGGCGACAGGCGCCGGGAGUCCCCGACGGCCACCGGUGGAGUGUUUGAGCGGCAGAUGGAUAUCCCUCUGUGGUCUGACAGAACUGUCACACGCAACACACUCAGCCAGGCAAACCAUUCUGACAACAUCCAAAGUAAGUCUCCAGAUGUGGAGCUGGUGGAGCCAGAUGCAAUAUUGGUAAAGGAGGAGAUGGUGGAAGCGAACAUGUUACGCAUUGAAGAAACAGAGGACGUGCCACUUAUAGGAGAUGAUGGAGUGCUGAAACGUGUCCAUCGUGAAGUAUCUGGGGAGAGACUGAGGCUUGAAGAGCAGGAUACCCAGAUCCAAAUCAGCAGGACCAGGCCUACAGGCAGCAACUGCAACAGCAGCAGAGGAGUGGAGGACGAUGAGCCAGAUGUGGUGCUGGUGAAGGUGGAGGAAGUGGAGCCACUGUCGGGAGCACAGAACCGGACAGACCUCAGCAUACAGGAGGGGUUGGUGGAGUCAAGCACAGAUGACAGAGGAGGGCUGCCAUUUGAUGACACCACGCAAGCUUCCAACAAUCAGCUUUUAGACCUGCAGGAGUCUGGGGGGGGCUUCUCAGAGUCUGCAGACCCUCAAUCGACCCCCAUGAUAUCAGAAGAUUCCAGCAGUAAAGUGGCAGUCAAACUCCGGGUACCAGAUACCAAAACGUCAGCCAACCCCAACACGCAACCACCAGCAGCACAGAGAUCCAGUAACAGCACCACUCUCAGCUCUGAGUACUCUCUGUUUGAGCUUGAGACAUUCUUCACACACUGGGCUCCUGAUAAUGACUCUGUGUCCGCCCCCGGUGGCCCCUCAUGUUCUUUCAGCAUUGAUGACUCAGCAGAGUUCGACCCAGAUGGAGUAACUAUUGUAGAGGCUGAGCCAUCAGUCUCCUCAGCAGUGAGGAUUAGUGGAGGGCAGAGUUUGUCCUCUGCAGCUGGAUGCUCCACAGUUCACAUCCAGCCCCCUGUGUCACAAGCUCUGUCAGCAGGGACUUCUGUGUCCGUACCUCAGAGGAUCCAGGUUCCAUCUUCCCAGCAUCCAUGGAGGAGAACACCAGCCACGAUUAAAUGUGCACAGUCAGUGAAACAGCAGCAGCACAACAGCCCCUCUGCAGUGAGCACACUGUCCUCCAGCACAGCUGCUGCCGCUAACAGUAACAGUGGUGAUAAAACAAGUGUCUCUGGUAUAAGCUCAACCUGCAGGACAAUGAGCUCCACUAUGGCUCCACAGUCAGCUUUAGCUGUCAGGGUAUCCCCAGAACUGUUAGCCAGCAUUGAUUUAGCAAAUGCUGCACAGCAACGAGCCAGCCUCCUCGGUCACCACAGUAAAAGCCAGGCUACCAGUAUUGCAUCCGGUGAGCGCCGCAGGAAAAGCUAUGUAUGCCAAGCCUGUGGUAAGUCCUUCUCUGGCUUGUCCAACCUGGAGGCCCACGAGAGAGUCCAUACGGGGGAAAAACCUUUCCGCUGCGACACCUGCGGGAAACACUUCUCAGAGGCAGGGAACCUGAAGAAGCACCAGAGGGUUCACACCGGAGAGAAACCCUUUAGCUGCAAGCAGUGUGGAAAGAGUUUUGCCUGGAUCUGCAAUCUGCGGACGCACCAGCAGUCUGCCACAGGCUGCGGAUCACAGCUCAGGGGAGAGUUGGGCCUGGGCUGAUCUCACACACUCUGCUGAUGUUAGCAGUAUUUUACUCACACACACUAACACACACCUUGUACUUCUAUCUUAGUGAGGACACUCUUUGGCAUAAGGCAUUCCCCUAACCCUAAAACUAAUUCUUAACACCCCUUUGAAAGUGCAAUAUACAAUGAUUUUAAUCUCUUAAGGUCAAUGCUCAAAAUGGUCCUCACAGAGAUAUCUGUACAGGUACACACACACACACACACACACACAGAUACCUGGCCUUUUCUUCAGUGUGAAACAAUGGCACAGCAGCAAUAUGUGAAAACAUCUAAUGUUUUGUGUCUUUACCAAAGUAGGUUAUGUUGUUUUUAGAGUUGUGAAUGUGUUGUUCCAGGCACUCACUGCUUUUUUUAAUGUAGCUUGAUUUGAAAGUCAGCAUAUGGAAGAAAAUGGCAACAUAUCAACUAGCUAACACUUGACACUUACUUAAGUCACAAAGCAGAAGUGGUUGUUUUGAAGUUGUUGCUAGUGUAUUAUUGAUUAUUUUGAUAAAUGGGCCAAAGUGUUGCUCAGUCUUCCUCUAAGCUGUUCUUGGGUUGUUCUCUGAAACACACUUCACAUUUAAGUAAAACCACAGUUAAUUGCAGGACAUUAAUGUAGUGGUGUCAUAACAUCACAAUACAUGUCAUGUAGCUGAUGCUGUUAUCAAAACCUACUUCCAAAUAAUACAUUCUAUGUGGGGCAAUUCAUGGGAGCAGCAUACUGCCCAGGAAUAUUUCGGCAUUGGGCUGGCAUCCGAGCCGCUGACCUACUGGUUGAAGGACAACCGCUCUACCCCAUCAGCCACAGCUGCCCCAGCUGCCCAUCAUAACAACCAUGUUCAGCCUGGAUUGAAUGGAAAGAACAAAUGUUCUGCAUAUGUGUUUUAUACUGUAUGAAGACUUUUAACAUUGCCAGCUCAAGCCAUAAUCUUAUAAUUGUGAAUAU